GCAAAGCCUCAUGGGACUUGUAGUUCCUCAACGCCUGCAGGGCCAUAGUUUGGAGACCCCCUGUUGAGGAACUACAAGUCCCAUCAUGCCUCUGCCUUUGGGAGUCAUGCUUGUAACUGUCAAUCCUGCAAUGCCUCAUGGGACUUGUAGUUCCUCAACACCUGCAGGGCCAUAGUUUGGAAACCCCCUGUUGCCAAACUACAAGUCCCAUCAAGCUUCUGCCUUUGGGAGUCAUGCUUGCAACUGUCAAUCCUGCAAUGCCUCAUGGGACUUGUAGUUUGGCAGCAGCUGGAGGGACACCAGUUUGACACCUGUG